AUGUCAGCUUCUGAAAAAUUAGGAGAGUUAUCAAUUAAUGAGAAACCAACUGAAAGUCCAGUUGAACAAACUUCAGCAUCACAAGAAGAAGUUGUAUUAGGAGAAGAUGGACAACCAUUAUCUAAAAAAGCUUUAAAAAAAUUACAAAAAGAAAAAGAAAAACAAGCUAAAAAAGCAGAAAGAGAAGCUCAGUUAGCUAAAGAAAAACAAGCAAAAGAACAAGAAGCAGCAAAUGAUCCAGCAAAAUCAAAUUAUGGGAAAUUACCAUUAAUUAAUUCGUCAACUAAAACUAACACCAAAAGAAUUCAAAUUUCAGAUUUAUCAGCUGCAAAUGAUGGAGAAACUGUUGUAUUUAGAGCAAGAAUUCACAAGACUAGACAACAAGGUGCAACAAUGGUUUUUUUAACAUUAAGACAACAAACCAAUUUAAUACAAGCACUUUUGAAAACCAAUAAGGAAACUGAUUCAAACGCCAUAUCAAAACAAAUGGUAAAAUGGGCAGGUAGUAUUAGUUUGGAAAGUAUUGUAUUAGUUGAAGGAAAAGUAUCAAAAGUUGAAGAAUUAGUCAAAUCAGCAACUGUUCAAGAUGCUGAAAUUCAUAUUACAAAAAUAUUCACAAUACAAGAAACUCCUGAACAAUUACCAUUAUUAAUUGAAGAUGCUUCAAGAACUGAACAAGAAGCUGAGGAAUUAGGUUUACCAGUUGUUAAUUUAGAUACAAGAUUAGAUUCAAGAGUCAUUGAUUUAAGAACUCCAACAAAUCAAGCCAUUUUUAAAAUUCAAUCAGGAGUUUGUCAAUUAUUUAGAGAAUUUUUAAACAAGAAGGGAUUCGUUGAAAUACAUACUCCAAAAAUUAUUGGUGCUGCAUCAGAAGGUGGAUCAAAUGUUUUUGAAAUUAAUUAUUUUAAAGGUUCUGCCUUUUUAGCUCAAUCACCACAAUUAUAUAAGCAACAAUUAAUUGCAGGAGAUUUUGAGAAAGUAUUUGAAAUUGCUCCAGUUUUCAGAGCUGAAAAUUCAAAUACUCAUCGUCAUAUGACUGAAUUUACUGGGUUGGAUUUAGAAAUGGCAUUUGAAGAACAUUAUGAUGAAGUAUUAGAAGUAUUAGAAGAAUUAUUUGUAUUUAUUUUUACAGAAUUGAAAAAUAGAUAUGGAAAAGAAAUCGAAACUGUAAGAAGACAAUUCCCGGUUGAAGAAUUUAAAAUUCCAAAAGAUGGUAAGAUGGUCAAAUUACAUUUUAAAGAAGGUAUUGAAAUGUUAAGACAAGCAGGUAAAGAAGUUGAUGAUUUUGAAGAUUUAUCUACAGAAAAUGAAAAAUUAUUAGGUUCAUUAGUUCGUGAAAAAUAUGAUACUGAUUUUUAUAUUUUGGAUAAAUUCCCAUUAUCAGUAAGACCAUUUUAUACAAUGCCAGAUGCUGAAAAUCCAAAAUAUUCUAACUCAUAUGACUUCUUUAUGAGAGGUGAAGAAAUUUUGUCUGGUGCUCAACGUAUUCAUGAUCCAGAAUUAUUAAAAGAAAGAAUGAGAACACAUGAAGUUGAUCCUAACGUUCCUGGUUUAAACGAUUAUGUUGAUGCUUUUAUUUAUGGUUGUCCUCCUCAUGCUGGUGGUGGUAUUGGAUUAGAAAGAGUUGUUAUGUUCUUUUUAGAUUUAAAAAAUAUUCGUCGUGCUUCUUUAUUCCCAAGAGAUCCAAGAAGGUUAAGACCAUAA